UAUUCGCUUGUUCAUCUCAGUCUGGUGCAAGUGUCUCGUUGGUGUCUCGCAGCAGAUCGAGGGAAAAGAAUAAAGGGCAUAUAACAUUGAAGUAAUUGCUGCGAAAAAUCAAAACAAUCAGUGAAGAAAAGCAUACACGCGUACGCACACAAGCGUAGCACGACGAGCAACGGCAGUAGUAAGCAAGAAAUAGCAACGUGGUAUGGGAUGCAGUCGCGGCGUCGUUGAUCGAAGAAAGCGAGUGUAAAAGCAACACGCAACAUCGACUGAAACCUGGGAACUAGUGACAAUGGCCAAGGACAACGAAACCGACGAGUUGUCGACCCCGUCAUCAUCCAAACGGACGGCAGCUCACCGGGCAAAGCCUUACGACGCCAACAACUCGUUCAUCAAAAAGGUCGCCACAAAAAUGACAGAUAUAAUACCACAAAGGUCAUGGAUAAGCAAGUGGUUCAACAGUUCCCAAGAUGAGCCUGAUUUGCAGGAGUCAGAAGUUGACAAUACACAGUAUGACGAAUAUGAGGAAACCCAGUCACAACCACCACCAGUUAAGCGACCUUGCAUACGCAUGGAUGUGACACAUCCUCCAGGCACAUUUACCAUUCAGCCUAGAAACAGAAAUGCAACUAAUGAAGUGGAAACUUCUAAAGAUCAUUUUUCUAAUCAUAAUGAGACUACACAAGAAAUUUUAGAACCCUUUGCAACUGGAAGAAGGUUAGACCGUUUUGUUGCAUCUACCCCUGCAUUCUCAAUGGAUGCCACAAAGGCAGCUGAGGCAAGAUCAUCAUUGAAUAUGAUGAUGGCAGAACAGAAUAACAAUGCAGCAACUAAUGGGGUUGAUGACAACUCUGAAUCUAGUGAAAGCACAAGUGGAUGUAGUUCUUUAAUUCCUCAGAAUAAUAGGCAAGAGGCACCACCAAAUUCAAGUUACAACACAUUAUUUGGAAACAAAAGGAGAUACGUUAAUGACAAAUUUAGUUUUGCAAAUCACUUACAAUCGCCGAGAUCACUGUUAUUAGACAGUAGCCACAGAGAAACUUUAGCUAGUAGACGACCAAGCUUCAAUCCUUCAAUAAUGAAUAACACUGUUCUAAAUAAAUCCACGUCACUGUUAUCACCAUUUUACCCUGGGAACACAACUUUCGGAGGAGCGAACGCAGCAAACUUAUAUCGAAGUAGCAGCGCCCUUACCGAUCCUUCACAAUUCCAAAGUAAAGCACUGCAUCGAGCGAGUGUAGAAGUGAAUCCAUCGAAUAAAUCGUCAACCACAGAUAUGUCGGGCUUGAGCCACACAGCUAGACGAAUUUUAGAAACUCUAGAACACUUCUCGUCACCACUUUCGGAUGCAAAGAAGAUGCCGGUUCGAAAUAUUAUGGGCGGUAACAGCAGCUUCCACGCGUCUCCUACGUCCAGUCGUAAACGUUCGCGAGAAGAUGACACUGCUUCGCCAAAAGUUGGACUGAGGCAUCUUACGCGUGAACUUACUGUUCCCACAGUACCCGACAUGCUGCGGAUACGCAGAAAGCAGAAGUUGCAAAAUAGUACCGUCAACGCGAGAAAAAUCGCGGCGGCUAGAACUGCUCCGAUUGCAUCUCCACCUGUACAACAGGAAUAUCAUAUAAGAACGGAAGCAGAUGUGGAGCCAGUGCGUAAUAAUCAAUUGAAAGCGAAUAAAAAAACGAAUCUCGAAGAGCAAGAGACAGUCGAAGUUGUAAAUUUACCAACAAUACCUUUGCCAAUUUCGAGUUUACCACGUUUUGAUAUCUCUUUACCACAAGCAACAAAACCAGCCACGCCAGACAAACCACAGCAACAGCCAAUGUUUCAGCUGCAGAGUAAUGAUGACUCUUUCAAAUUCGCGAGUCCUAUUAGAUUAGCUGAAACGAACAAGAACCUAGAGUCAAUUAACAAUUUCACCUUCAGUAAACCUAUCACACCCAGUAGAAUAUCUGAUUUCUCGAGCAGCGAUUCGGAAGAACUGUCUAAGACCCUUAGUAUUGAUUCAACUGACAUGUUCAAUGCCACCGGCUCUUCCUUCCCGAAUUUCAUUUGGACGGGACCAUCGCAGACGACAUUGAAACCGAAAGAAAAAGUUAAAGACAAGAAAGAGAUCAUAGAAAUAAUCAAAGUUGCGACCGAACUGAAGCAAGGCAGUGUGAUGGAUUUCUUCAGAAAGCAGGCUGAAUUGAAAUCAACGCCUGCUGAAACAACACCUGUAAGUGAAUCGCCAGACUUGUGGGAAUGCAACGAUUGUCUUAUCAAAAACAGUAGCAAGGACACGAAUUGCGUGGCGUGCAAAAGCGCGAAACCUUCUGGUGAUAGUUCGAGCGAUAUUGAGGUGCUGGAGAUCUGCAGUGACGACGACGAUAUUAUAAUCGUAGAACCAACAUCAUCGAAUCAGGAAGCUGAACCAAAAUCCAAGCCUCAAACAAGCACUUUCAACAAGUCCAGUAACGUAGAAACUACGCCGAAACUAUCUAUUUCCAAUUCAAUUGCCGAAGAAUUAAAGACUGACAGUCCAGCCCCGCUAUCAAAAAUUGUUGAAGCUGCAAAGAACACGUGGGAAUGUCCUUGUUGUAUAGUAAGGAACGCCUAUAGUGUGACUACUUGUCCGUGCUGUAACACUGCUCAACCAGGCUCGAUAAAUGUCAGUCCGAAAGCUGUAGUUGAAACUACUCUUAGUGCUACAACAUCGUCUGGAUUUGGUGAUAAAUUCAAGAAACCCGAAGGUUCAUGGACGUGUGAGACUUGUAUGGUCCAAAACAAGUCUGAUAUUACCAAGUGUAUUGCUUGCGAAACACCGAAGCCCGGUGAUAAAGUUGCUGCUGCUGCUGUCAAGGCUACAUCUGGUUUCGGUGAUAUGUUCAAGAAGCCUGAGGGUUCAUGGACUUGCGACAGUUGUAUGAUCCAGAACAAGUCCGAUGUUACCAAGUGCGCUGCUUGCGAAACGCCGAAACCUGAUGUAUCGACGAGCAAAGCUAAGCCUAGCUUCGGCAACAUGUUUAAAAAACCAGAAGGAUCCUGGACUUGCGACAGUUGCAUGGUGUCAAAUAAAUCUGAUGCAACAAACUGCAUUGCCUGCGAAAGUGCGAAACCAGGUACUGAGAAACCGACAUCAAAUUUGCAGUUUAAAGUGGACAUGCCGGCCAACGUUGGUAGCUUCAAGUUUGGCAUAGACAAAGCAGAUGCUGCUAAUGAAACAUUACCGAAGACGAAUGGAUUUAAUUUCGGUGGAAGCGCAAGCUUACAAGUUCCAAGCGAUGGUUUCAGCUUCGGUGCACCCAAAGACAGUACAGGAUUCGCUUUCAAACCAAGUGAGUCGGUGGCUGCGGCUGCAACUUUCCAGUUUGGAGCUAAGCCUAUUGAAACAACGAGCACGGGAAAAGAAGAAAAUAAAACUAUUCCUACAGCGAUUUUCUCAUUUGGGGCAUCGCCGAAUGGUAACACUUCAGCGACUACUGGGUUUGUCUUUGGUACUCGUACUACGACGACUGCUUUUGGAUCUACCACAGCAGAGAAAAAAGAUGAUAAGGCUAAUACUUCAGUCACUUCAACUAAUGUUGGAUUUAGCUUUAAUGCAUCUACGGCAAAUUCAACAUCGAAUACUAAAGAAUCACCAGGAGAAGCAAAUACGAAGUUAGCAAGUGAAACUUCCACUUCUACUUUUGUCUUCGGUACUCCUAAAUCAACCACCGAUAUAAGUUCUAAAGAAACUUCAAAAUUGGUCGCAACCUCCAACGUUACAGUAACACCAAAAUCAACGUUACCUUUUGGCGCAGCAACAUCGACGGAACCGAAACCAGCCGCCUCGCCAGCGCUUUUCAUCUUUGGUGGGGCUGCUGCUGCAGCAGCAUCAACGUCUGCCACCACCAGUACUUCGAGUCCGUCAUUGUUCACAUUUACUCCCACGCAGAAGACAAGUGAAGCAUCAACAAUUAAUAAGACCCCCUUACCAACCUUUGGGUCACCUGGUGCACCGGCCAAACCUAGCUUCUCAUUUGGUACGCCUACAGAAACAACGCCAGUGCAGCAGAAUGAAAUGAAGUCGGGAUUGGAACUCGGCGGUGCAACACCAAACUUUAGAGGUUCAACGAAUCAAGCGACGCCAUCGUUGUUUGGAAAUAUGACAGCUACAUCCUCGUCGUCUAGCUUAGGAACGGCUGAGAAAAAACCAUUAUUAUUCGGUACAGCAGAGAACAAAAUCACGUCCAACUUUGGUGAUCCAAGUGCAAAAAUGUCAGCCUUUGGUUCGGCAACAGACAACAAAUCAACCACAUCAGCUUUUCCCUUAGCAACGACAACGCCGACGUUCGGUACACCUACAUCUGUAACGAAUCCUGCAGCUGUUGUCUCAUCGUUUGGAUCGACUGGCAAUAUGUUUGGUAGUCCCGCAACAUCCUCAUUCGGCAGUACAGUAGCUACUGGUAUCUUCUCGGCGACAACGAAAGCUAACGAAACACCUGCUGCAACACCAGGGAUCUUCAGUUUUGGCGCAUCAUCGCAAACUGCAACCACAGUUACAGGUGGUUUCGAUUUUUCGGCAGGUUCAAAUGCAAGUGUCACCAGUGAUCAGCAGAAAACUGGACUUUUCUCGUUCGGCGCUUCCUCAUCCACUGUACCCGUUGGCAAUGGAUUUGGUAGCAGCGGUACAUUUGGCGCCGCUGCUUCUUCCUCGACAACUUCAACGCCUGCAGCAAAUUUCACCUUUAAUGCGCCAAAGCCUGAUGUUAGUAGUUUUGGCGCAGCCACACCAACGCCAAUGUUCAAUGCACCAAGUGCACAACCUGCUGGAGCUCCACCCGCUUACCCGGGUACUGCCAGUGUGGCGUCUGGUACAGGAGGAUUCAACUUUGGCAAUAUUAAUAUGCCUACGAGUUUCAAUUUCAGCAGUACUCCUGCGCCAGCUGCUAGUGGUUUCAACUUCAACGCACCAAGUACUCUAGGGUCUCUUCCAGCAUUUGAUCCUAACGCAACGCCGACUUUUAACUUUACAGCAAACAGCGCCCCACCUACAUUCAGUGCACCUGGCGCUUGCGCUUCCACUGCCCCUGGCUCAAGGAAAAUUAAAAAAGCAGUGAGAAGGAUGCCGAGGCAGUAAACAUCAAACGAGUGUGUCACUGAAUCACACAGUCAGACACCGCAGUCGUGUUGACUUCGGCAAAGCUACAGACGAUACGCGUAAUUCGCAUAAACGUGAAAAUUAUCAAGUGUGACGAAACUUGUCUCUGCGUGCCGCCGUAGAGUAAAAAGGCAUAGAAAGUGGUGACACAUCGACUUCAAGCAUUUUUGUUCUUUUUUUUCCUGUACAAUAAGUUCGUUCGUUAUACGAGUUUGUACAAGUUUGUGGCUGAAGAAAGACAUGAUAAAAACGUAGUAUACAGCCCACUUGUUGAGCGAUCGGAAGUGAUUUGUGAUUUACAAGUUAUUUAAUUUAAUGAAUGGCACCGUCAAAACACAAUAUAAUCGAGACAAAGAAGCAAUGUUCAAUUGAAAUAGAAAAUAAAGGCUGAACCGAGGAUCCACUCUGUUCUUAGGUAAGUAUUUAGAAAAAAAAAACAAAAACAAAAUUAAUCUUGAAGCUCGCGCUGACGUUCCUCAUUUAACAUGAACUUUGAAAGAAAAAGAAAAGAAAAAGAGCGAGCAUACGAGUGAAUUAUAGCGAAAACAAAAAAAUAUUCUGUCUUUUCUCGUACUGCUUGACUUUGACUACUAAUCUGUGAUUAAAGUAACGUUCUGCGUUUUUUUGAUCGGAGAAUUUUCUAGUUGCGCUGCGGAAUGGCAGAAAAGGCAACAUAUUUAUUAAGAAAGAAAAAUUAAUACGCCUCGCAUGAGCUCGCGAAAAAAGAUUUGCCAAACUCUCUCGAGCUUUUCAGAUAACAAGUGGAAAGAUGGUUCUUUUUUUAACGAAUUUUUAAAAAGUAAUGAUUAUUGAACUCGCCCGUGUGCGCGAAAGCUGUUGCCAAGUAGUUACGGAAUCUUUUUUCAGCGAGCGAGUUGCGAUUAGGAAUUAUACAUAUAUCAACUAGGAUUUAUCCCACUACACUUGUCUUCUUUGAAGUAUAUAUAAACCAGAAAAAAAAAUUCUAACAAUUAUAUUUUAGAUAGGAUGCGGUUGGUCAGUACUGCAUAUGUCGGUAAUCGCAGCACUUUCCAACUUACGAAACAAAUAAAACAAACUGUAAUAUACGGAAUAAAAGGGUGUGAGAGUAUAAUCGUGAAAAUGAACAAAGCAAAACAAAAAAUGGCAUUCGGAUGAGUACAAAGUCACGGUUACAGAUGGUUCAAAUGUGUAAUCGAAAUUGUAUAUUUUUUUUAUACGAAGCGCAAACGCGAGAGAUAAACUUAUUGUAAUAAAGACGAAAACUGAAUGCCAUUUUGCGCGGGAUUUAUAAAUGAUAUAUGUUGUACACGUAUAUAUGAGAUGAUAAAUCAAGCAAAACAUUUUCUUCAUGUUGUAAGCUAUAUCGCUACGUGUUUUAUCGUCAGAAAAAGAAAAUUGAUCAUCGAAGGGGACAACAGUGAACAGGUUAUAUAUAGCGAUCUAUUAAAAAUUUUUUUUUCUUCAGCGGGACUUCUGAAAACGAAACGUUGCAUAAAAUUAAAUUUUGUGCUUAUCCUUUUUUAUUGUAAUUAUCAAAAAGAUUAAUGUCAAGUUGCAAACAAACAGACAAAUUUAAUGAAGCAUACAUGAGUUUAUUAGAAGUUCCGUGUGUGUAUGUGUGUGAGGGUAUGUGUGUAUGUACGAGCGACGAAUAGUUAGCUUUCGUGCAAUGGCAGUAUGUAAUAGAAACGGCUAAUAUUUAGCUAGCCAAUGAAAAUAACAAAAUGUAUCAUUCUAGCCUCUACGAUAACUUUUUUUAAUAGCUUAUGAAAAGCAAAGUUUCGUUUAUAUUUUCCUUUUCUUUUCUGUUAGCAAUAACUCCUACAUUUUACAAUGAUGUCUUCCCAAACAAGCAAGCAAAAGAUUAGCUUGUGGUUCUUUAAAUUUUAAUCCGAAACGCACUAUUAUUUCCAUAUUAAUUUAUUGCUGAUAUAACUGUUUAUUAUGAAUAUACUUGCAUAGAGCUUCGGCGCACCUUCUUUCAUGCUAUUUAGUUUUAUAGAAGAAUAAAUAAUAAUAAUAAAUGGAAAUGUCGCAACAAUCAAUCAACGCGGAAAGAGUGAGACACUCUUGAAUAAUAUUGCGCAAAGAAAAAACAACAAAGCACUCAUCAAUAUAAAAGAGACUGCAAUCCGAAGUUCUUUUCCUUAAAUUAUUUUCCACUUAUUUAUUGUAACAGUGAGCGUGCCAUUGUACUCGCAGCAUAAUUACUCGAAUCGACUUGGCAGUGUAUAAAUGAGUUAUAUAUACGGAACGAUCACGACGUUGCAACGUUCGUCGUGUUAUUUAUAAUGUAAUUAGUUACGUGCGAGAUUCGCUUGUUGAGAGCUUUUGAAUUAUAUUCCUUUCGUUUUUUUUAUUACGAAAAACUUGAGAAGUUUGUAUCAAAUUGUGGUUUGUUAUAUAUUCUCGUGAAUUAAGUUUGAUUUAAUAACUCAAAGCUUUUAGUUAUUGUUAACGUCGAGACGCAACUUCAUUGAAAUACGUAGUGAAAUCUAUUUGUCUGAGGAGUUAUACUGUUGUAAUUCUUUUUAGGGUACACAGCUUUCGUCUAGCGUUUCCAUUUUCGUAAUGCGAAAUAGGUGACGACCAUGGAUCAAAUCGUUUGAUUUGCGUUUGCGAAAAGAAUCUCCAAUGCAAUAUAGUCUACGGUAUGUUCUCUAGAAAGGAGUUGACGGAAAAACCAUCGAGGAUUGUAUAAAAAAAAAAGCAAAAACAAGCGAAUUGUCGUCGAAAAUGCGCGCAAGCAAGAGCUUCAUGAGACUCGGUUUCUUUAUUUUUUUAUGCUAUCGAUGUACAAUAUUAUCUGUUAUUACUGUUAAUUUUUUUAUAGACGAUUCAACGUCUUUGACUCUUGCUUCGCGUAUUUUAGCAUUGUUUAAUUUGUCGAGCUUUUCAAAAUUUACGAAAGCCGUUUUAUUUUGUGUAAUUAAAAUAAUUAUAAAUAAAAUUCAGUUAAACAAAUCAACAAAAAGGUCAUUGAUACUUUUAUGCAUGAAAAAUGAGUGUCUAAUUGACGAAUGAGAAAAAGGAUGAACUUUAACAAAAGCGUGAACAUUCUCUGUUUUUAUGUACGUGCUACCAUGGAGAAAUGGUACAUUAAACUGCCAGUAACCGGCGAACAACUUAUCAAAAAAAAAAUUGAUGUCAUUUUACGAUCGCGCUUUUGUGGGCUUUCACGUGUGAUAAUGAAUAGAAAAAUCAUCGUUUUUGUAACAUUUUCUAAUGUUCAGCAAUGUUGCCUCAGCUUUUUCAUGUUACUCUACUGAUCUACGAAAAACUGUGAUUAAUUUGAGACAUCAUUUGAUAUUAAGUUGUGAUCAUUUUAAUUCUAAAAAAAUGUACUCAAACAUAAAUGCAAUUUUCAACGUUAACUCAAAAAUCAUUACAUAAAAGUGGACAUAGAUAGUUGUUUGAUUAGAAAGGCAAACAAACGUGUUACUACAGAAAUUUUUUAUACACGAAGUUUUCAGUAAUUUUCGCGACUUUAUGAUCUACACUUUAAUACCAAAGGAACCGUCGUCGGUGUUAACAUAAUCCAAAGCCUUAAAAAUUACGAUAAUUUUAUAGAAACUUGGUAAUGAUCGAGACUCAUUUUAAUGACUGAUUGUAAUUAAUACUGAAAAAAAGAAGCGAAUCGAGAAUGUUCACACAGCUUCCCAGACAAAUAUUAUUCAAACAGUAUAGGUAUAAAUUUUCCUAGUAACAAGCACGUAUGUGCGUAAACAGAGAGAGGGAUAAAUCGAAGUUUCGUCCGUAUGUAGACUUACGUGUGCGAGGCUGUGCACGUCGUAUGGCACAGUGUUUGUAGCAGCUAUAAAACCAUUUAGAUUGAUACACUUUUCGAUCUAGAUUAAGAGACAAAACUUACACGUAAGAUCAGUAGAGAUAAAGUUACACCCAAAUUAGCACUGACUAAUUUAUUCUUUCAUGUUUUCGGAUUUACUUUGAAUGUUUUCUUUCUAUUGGUACAUUUACUUUGGUCAUUUUUUUAGAAUGCACAUGCUCGUUUUUUUAUUAUUGUUUACUAUUUACCAACAUGGACUAAUUUUCAUAUUUACAAGAAUUCCAUUUUCAUUUCGAUUUUUCCAACAAAUGAAAACAUAUUUAUUGUUGUUUACUGAUGUCUGUUAGCGUUAACGAACUUUCUAACAAUUAUGAUUUGAUUACCCUUCAUGUCAACAAUGUGAAUUAAAACGCGCUGUAUACGAGACGAUAAGAAAAGAGCGUUAUUGCAUUGUUCCCUCUAUUAUUCUUUUUUAUUUCCUUUCAACAAAAAUAAUGCGUUUUGCAAGAUAUACAAAGGUUGAAACCAAAGAAUUUUGUAAUCCUCUGCGAAACGUAUGACAUACCUCUUUUUUCCGUUCCCCUUGUCUAGAGUUGUCAAUUUUUUUUCAUUGCUACUACUUUCAUUGUUAAUUUAAGCAACACUGUAAUAUAGUGUAAAAAAGUAAAUCUUAAAGAAAUGAACAGCGUUGAAAUUCUUUGGAUCAUACCCUAAGAAUAUGCUAAUAUGUAAUUUAAUGAUGUAAAAUAAACCGUUCGUUGUAAUAAAACAAUGGCUAAAAUGGC